AGAACUUGAUAACCUUGAAGAAGAAGAUCGAAAGUGGAUGGCAUUACAAGAGGAAGAAAAUGUAGCAAGAAAGAAAGCACUGGAAGAAAAACGCAGACAAAUAGAACGUCUACAGACUGUUAAGAAGUUAAGUGUGGCAAAGGCACGGUUGCAAGUUUAUGAACAAGAAGCAAGCUCAGAUGAAGAAAUUGCAGAGUUACUUCAUAACCGAGGAGUUGAACGACAUCAAUCCUCAGGAGUUAAAAGAAGUUCCCAUGAGCAUCCACCCCAAGCAGACAGUGCCACAGUUCUUGCUGAAGCAAUAGCAGAGUCUAUUAAUGUGAGCCGUCUCCCGGUACCUGAACCUUCUGUUUUUACUGGAGACCCAUUAAGAUACAAGGAUUGGAAAAUGUCAUUUCAAACGCUAAUAGGCAGGAAAAACAUUCCAGUAAAUGAAAGAGUUUACUACCUUCGUAAAUACGUUGGUGGUUCAGCAAGAAAGGCCAUUGAAAGUUAUUUCCUGUUAGGAACAGAUGCAGCUUAUGAUUCAGCAUGGGUUAUCCUGGAAGAAAGAUUUGGAAGCUCAUUUGUGAUAGCUAAAGCUUUCAAGGAUAAGCUUGCAUCAUGGCCCAAAAUAGGACCCAGAGACAGUGUUGAACUGAGGGAUUUUUCAGACUUUCUCAGGGGCUGCCAGGCUGCAAUGUCCCAGAUUAAAGGUCUAGAUGUAUUGAACACCUGUGAUGAAAAUCAAAAACUUCUCACAAAGCUUCCUGAUUGGUUGGUAGCCAGUUGGAACAGAAAGGUGAUUGAGAUCGAAGAAACUUGUAAUGAUUUUCCUACAUUCAGUCAGUUUGUGGAGUUCAUCACAAA